AUGGCAGUUGUCCUCAGAGCAAAGUUUCUUGUUGGGACAUUCAUCCAGGAGGUGCCAUUUCCUCCGGCUUUGACUCCUUUCUCAAAUCUGCCUGAUGUCCUUCCACAGCUCUCGGUGCUGGGCCGUAGGCUACAUGAAGGUACCAGAUUCAGGAAUUUUGGGAGAAACAAAGGAGGUAUUGACCCUGAUGUUUGUUUAAAGAUUAUUGAUCGUAAGAAGGAUCUUGUGAAACUGCAGGCCGGAGAACAUGUUUCUCUUGGGAAAGUAGAGGCAGCCCUGAAGAACCUCUCCCUUAUAGAUAACAUUUGUGCAUACGCAAACAGUUAUCAUUCUUACGUCAUUGGGUUUGUUGUGCCAAACCAAAAGGAACUUACAGAACUCGCUCGAAAGAAAGGACUUCACGGGACUUGGGAGUUGCUGUGUAACAGCUGUGAAAUGGAAAACGAGAUCCUCAAAGUGCUUUCUGAAGCUGCUAUUUCAGCGAGUCUAGAAGAAUUCGAAAUUCCAGUAAAAAUUCGUUUGAGCCCAGAACCGUGGACCCCCGAAACUGGUCUGGUGACAGAUGCCUUCAAGCUGAAACGUCAAGAGCUUAAAACACAUUACCAGGCAGACAUUGAGCGAAUGUAUGGAAGAAAAUAGUUCUUCUCUUUCAGCAUCGUUUGCUGCAGGAAGCUCAGAUCAGAUAGGAAAAUACUUGAAGUGC